AUGUCAGACUUUGAAGAUGACAUGGAUGUGGAUGCCCCCGCUGUAGACAAUCCCAUCUCUUUUGGUGGUGACCAGAAAAAAGGCAAAAGGACUGCAGCAAACCUCCCUAUAGAAGCAGAAGACUCGUUACCAUGGUAUGGGCUUUCCCAACCAGUCCUUGAGCCGGUACUAAUGAUCAACAGGGUGGAGAAAUACCGGCCGAACUCACUAGACGACGUCGAAGGUCAUCAGGACAUAAUAGCCACAAUCAACAAGUUUGUUGAUUCGAAUCGAUUGCCGCAUCUCCUUCUCUAUGGACCUCCAGGAACUGGCAAGACUUCAACGGUUCUCGCCCUGGCAAGACGCAUUUAUGGAAACAAGAACAUGCGACAGAUGGUACUGGAGCUGAAUGCUUCCGACGACCGAGGUAUCGAUGUGGUGCGAGAGCAAAUCAAGACGUUCAGUAGCACAAAGCAGAUUUUCUCUGCAGCACCAAAGGCUGGUGACACGGCGCUUGCAACAUUCAAGCUUAUCAUUCUGGAUGAGGCGGAUGCUAUGACUGCCACGGCACAAAUGGCACUACGGAGAAUCAUGGAGAAGUAUACGGCAAACACUAGAUUUUGCAUCAUCGCCAAUUAUACCCACAAGCUGUCGCCCGCCCUGCUGUCCCGAUGCACACGGUUUCGAUUCUCGCCACUCAAGGAUCAGGACAUCCGGAACCUGGUAGAUAAGGUUAUCGAGGAGGAGAACGUCAAUAUCACGCAAGACGCCACAGACUCAUUGGUCUCUCUCAGUAAAGGAGACAUGCGACGGGCACUGAAUGUGUUACAAGCAUGUCACGCAUCGAGUACGCCACUUCAAGCUCCUGGAAAGCCAGCACCUGACCCCAGCAUCAUUGUGCGGGACCAAAUCACACAAACCACCAUUUACGACUGUAUCGCAGCGCCACAUCCGUCAGACAUCAAGUACAUCAUAGAGACACUACUGUCCAAGAACGACAUGACCGAAUGCCUGCGAACUGUCAACAACCUCAAGAUUUCGAAAGGAUUAGCAUUGGCAGACAUUUUGACCGCGAUAAGCGAAGAGUUGGUGACAAAUGAUGUUCCGCCUCAAGUCAUGGUGACGUGGAUGUCUGGGUUGGCCGACAUUGAGUACAGACUUAGUGGCGGUGGAAGUGAAGCCAUACAGACUGGUGCAGCGAUUGGGAUAGUGAGAACAGGGGUCGAAUUGUUAGGGAAUAGCAAGAAGUAA